CUACGGCGGCGUCGCGUUACUCAUUCAUAGUGUGCGUUCGCGCUGUAACACGGAAAGUUCUGAAUGUGCGCGCUGGACAAAAUAAUGUAUAAAACAUAGUAAAAAGUAAAAUGAAAAAUAUGUGCGAUUCAUUAGGGCUUUUUUUAUUAUUAUUAUUCUUACUACAUAAUUAAUCAAACCGAUAACGAUACAAAUCCGACAAACUCUUAAGAAAAUAUAUUUCGUUUCAUUUUUUUUUUCGUCUAUCAUUAUUAUUGUUUUUAUUUUUAGAUGAAAAAAAAUAAAAAUAAAAUAUGAAGUAUUAGCGUUCGCCGCACAGCGACUCGGACUCGUCGAAAUCACGAAAACAAACUAAUUAUAUUUAAUAGUAUGCAACGUCAUUGUAUAUUCUAUUCAUAAAUGCGUCCCGUUCGAUUGCGACGAUCGGAUAACAUCAACUACUUGCAAGGCAAAUGGCUGUGGGCCGAAAAACCUAGACUGGGAUUUCCAAAAUCGGCGGCGGCGGUUAUUUCGACAUAGAGCGGAUGAAGUUACCCCCAUGAUGCCCGUUAUGCUGAUCCAGCACCACUUAUUGGCCGCUGACGUAUUCGAGUGCUUUACCGUUCGGAUGACGGUAUCCCAUUCACCGGCACACCGGGCAAUGCGCUACUACCGUAUCUGGAUAUACACGUGCAACACCGUGCUCAUGGUGUGCGUCGUGUGCUUCGUGGUGAUCGCCUACCAGCUGGUGGUGGCCGACCAGCGGCGGCACCUGGUGCCCGGCCUGGACCUGUGCCAUCCCAGCCUGCUGUACGUGUACGCCGCGCUGUUCGUCCAGUGCACCGUGCUGCAGAUCGUCGGCUUCCUGGGCGCCCGGUCCCUCAGCGAGCGGCUGCUCAACGUCUACUGGCUGCUGCUGCUCGGCCUCCUGGUCGGCGACGCCGUGCUGGGCGUCUACUGGGUGUACAGGUACGACAAGAUGGUGGCCCGACUGAAACCGGCGCUCCGGGACCGGCUGGCCGUAGACUACGGCCGCGACCGGCGGUUCACGGCCGUCUGGGACGACCUGCAGCGCGACCACGAGUGUUGCGGCGUCAACGGGCCGCCGGACUUUUUCAACGUCACCGUGCAAGUGGGCGUUGAACACUUUGUCGAUUACACGACAGUGCUGCCGGAUAGCUGCUGCUACCAUAAGCCAGAGGCUGUGGCGUCGCCAUUCCGAAGGGACUACUGGCAGCCACAGACAACAACUACUGCUGUAUGGACCACGGUCCAGGCGGAAGAGCACGACAAUAUGGAAGAGAUGCCCAUCAAGUGUCGGCUCAAUUCAUACAGAUACUACUAUCCCGGAUGCGAACGGGCGCUGAUGGCAUGGAUACGUAGAAGUGCCGAUGUCCUGUUCGUCCUCGGUUACUGUGUCAUAUCAUUUUUGAAACUGUGUUUUCUAGGCAUUCUGAGGUAUGAAAUUCGAGAAAUGAUACAAAAAAUAAAAAUACUUCAUGGAGAUACAGCUCGACUAGAAUUAGUCAAUGUACCCCAACAAGCUACAGGGAAGUUGUUACAAAAAGUUGAACAUAAUGGUAGCGUAGUACGUGUAUCUACUCCUAUGAGACAAGACAGUCAGAUAGAAGGAAGUUUAGAUGCAGUGAAACCACUUCUAAAAGGUCGUUCAAUAGAAGCGACAUUCAGGGUAAAGUCCUCGAACACGGACGGCAACGAAUCAGACACUAAUAGCCAUAGUGCGUUAUUAUUGUGUGAUGACAAAAGAUUGACAGGCUCAUCUAGUAAGAGCAACUAUGAACUUCACGAGUUAAAAGAUGUAAAUCGACUACUAACCACCAGACAUAAGAAUCAAAUAUGACUACGAAGAUGCGUGGCCGCUUGGUUCCGAAUGAUUGACAGUAACCAAAAAUUCGCAUUAUUGGCGACACCAAAACCGCAAAAAAUUUAUUAAGCAAAAAAUUUUUAAAAAAAAAACAAUAAAAUAUUAUUAAAAUUGGAAGAUACAUUUUUACGUGAUACCUACAUAAAAUUAAUUCAAAAGAACAAAAAAGAAUACUAUCGAAAUAAAUUUCAAAAUAAAAAUAAAAAUAGUUAAAAAAAAAAAUAAAAUUAUAAUUUGUCAUUAUACAAGUACACAAACAAAUAAUUUGAAACAUCGAAAUGACUAAUUAACUGAUUAACUGCGAGGCAUAAAUGUGAUUGGAGUAGACUACAUGGUGCUACACGUCAAUAGAUUGAUUAAGUAUAACAAUAAUAAUAUAUAAAAGAAAUGUAUAAUGAUAAAAAAUCAACUAAAAAAACAUGUAUGGUUAUGUUGAAUUAAUUUUAUGAAUCAUCCAUUGAUUGUGUUCGAAGGAUUUUCAUUACCUCAAUACCUUUUUUUG